UUGCUUCCUUCUCUCCCCAGUGAGAAAGUGGCGAGUGAAAAGUGCCUUGGGAGCCUUGGGCCAAUGGCAGAUUGAGGUGGGAGAGCCAGCACUCCCAGGAGCAGGGAGCCUGGGGUCUGAAUUCAUCAAGGAAGACAAUGCCAAUCCCAUCUUCAUGCGCAAGGACACCAAGAUGAGCUUCCAGUGGCGGAUUCGAAACCUCCCCUACCCUAAGGACGUCUACAGUGUCUGUGUGGACCAGAAGGAGCGCUGCAUCGUUGUCCGAACAACCAACAAAAACCCCAGUGUCCCAGCCGGCACCCCUCUGAGGGUACCCAGGCAUGUCCCUGUCCCACGUGGAGCACAAGCCAGGCAGGCAGAAACGAUGGCCCCACGCUCUGCACGGUACUACAAGAAGUUCUCCAUUCCCGACCUAGACAGAUACCAGCUACCUCUGGAUGAGUCCUCGCUGAGCUUUGCUCAUGCCAACUGCACCCUGAUCAUCUCUUACCAGAAGCCAAAGGAGGUCCUGGCGGCUGAGUCAGAGCUUCAGAAGGAGCUAAAGAAAGUGAAGACGGCCCACAGCAGUGACGGGGACUGUAAGACCCAGUAGCGGAGCAUCCCUGAGCCUGCCCUUCCGGCAGCAUGGCGGGUGGGUGAGGCUCUUCUGGACUUUGUGGCUUGGGCCACCCCCUUUCUGGUGCAGGGGUAUGUCCUCUCUUCCAUGAGCUAUCCAGGCUCUGUGAGAACUGGGCCUUGGGGUGCUCCUAGCCCCCAUAUCAUGGUCUGAUCUCCCAAGUAAAGUCAUUCUGAGUCACUGUU